AUGUCGGGAAAACACAACAUAUGGGGUGGUCCACUGGAAAUAAACGUUGAGGAGCAUGGUCUGUGGCAUGAAGAAGAAGAAGAAGAAGAAGAGGAGGAAGAGUUCCGGCGGCGAAGGAGGGGGUUGGAUAGGGCGCCGUAUGAAGCACCAUCUGAUGAAGUGAAGCAAAGGUGGCUGCGGAGACCGGACAUCCUUGAAAAGUCCAAGUCAUCAUCUUUCUAUUGUAAUAAGAGUUCCAUUUCCACACUUGUUUGCCUUGUAACCAUUUCCGCCAUUAUCGUUCUCAUAAUCAAGCUCAAGCCACAUUAUCAUCCUCCAUCUUCCCCCACUCUUGAUAACUACACCCUUGCUCUCCCCAAGGCCCUCCUCUUCUUCAACGCCCAGCAAUCUGGAAAACUGCCUCUGAACAACAAUGUUUCAUGGAGGGGUGACUCGUGUUUGAAAGACGAGCAGGUUGGUGGCUACUACGACGGCGGUGACUCCACCAAGUACAAUUUCCCGGCGGCAUUCGCCAUGACCAUGCUAAGUUGGAGCGUACUGGAAUACAACCACAAAUACGAAUCAGCUCUUGAGCUUCAUCAUGUCAAACACACCAUCAAAUGGGGAACCGAUUACCUUCUCAAAACCUUCACCGCUUCUGCAAACUCGACAACCACCGUUGCUUCCCAACUACCUUCACCGACGACCAAACACAACAACAAGUGUUGGAUCCGUCCCGAGGAAAUCCAAUCCCCUCGCCCUGCAUCGCAUUGCACCACUUGCCCUGCUCUCGCUGCGGAAACCGCAGCCGCUCUAGCAGCUGCAUCCAUCGUCUUCCAUGAUAACGAGGCCUAUUCCAAGAAACUGAUCCAUGGAGCAGACGUGAUCUUCCGAUUCGCCACGCAAGGAUUAGGAGACAAGUACUCUGGCGGGGCCGAUCCGCCUUCGCUUCUCUAUAACUCGAGCGGCUUCUGGGAUGAGUUCUUGUGGGGCGGAACAUGGAUGUACUUGGCUACCGGAAAUUCUUCCUACCUCAAUCUUAUCACUAGUCCUGAAUUGGAUGAGAAAGUUGGUUCCAUGCGGCAGAGUGUGCUUUCUUGGGACAACAAGCUUCCUGGUGCUGCAUUGCUUCUUGCUCGCUUGAGAAUGUUCUUGGAUUACGGCUAUCCUUACGAACAAGUAUUGAAAAAUUAUCAAAACAAAAUCGAUGACAUAGUGUGCUCUUAUCUCCCAAAUUCCAACAAAUUUAACAGAACAAAAGGAGGGUUGAUCAUGUUAAACCAUGGAAAUCCACGCCCUCUUCAGUACGUUGUGAACGCAGCAUUCUUGGCUAAGCUAUAUAGUGAUUACAUGGGUGCCUUAUACGUACCUGGAAUAAUGUGCGGAGGUAAAUUCUACCGUUCAGAAGCAUUGGAGGAUUUUGCUAGGACUCAGGUGGAUUACAUACUUGGGAAGAAUCCAGAGAAGAUGAGCUAUGUGGUUGGGUCUGGAGAGAGAUACCCUGAAGAAGUUCACCACAUGGGUGCAUCUAUUAUGAGUGAGAAGGGGAAGAAGUAUGGUUGUGGUGGUGGAUGGAAGUGGAGGGACCGAAGGAAACCGAAUCCGAAUGUGAUUGUAGGAGCCAUGGUUGGUGGUCCUGAUAAGCUUGAUGGUUUCAAUGACUUGCGUUCCAACUAUAACUACACUGAACCAUCUCUUGCAGGGAAUUCGGGUCUUGUUGCGGCGCUUGUGGCUUUGUCACAGAAUGCCACUCCAAAUAAUGGGAUAGACCACAACACCAUAUUCUAUUCAGUUCGACUUCCCUAA